UCGCGACCGCAUCGUUACGGCUGAGUGGUAGAAAAUAGUGAUUUCGGACAUUGACCGACGUUAGAAAUCUACCAGCAGCUAAGUUGCCCUGCGUUUAGGUACCGUAAGUGUAAAUAAAAAGCCAUGUCAAUUACGGAGAAAGACCUGUACCGGGAUACUCCCGUGCGAUAUCUCGGUUACGCAAACGAAAUCGGCGAAGCAUUCCGACCGGUGGUCAAGAAAAUAUUCGUACAUGCCAGCUAUGCCGUUGCGGUGGGGUACGUGCUGGCCGAUACGGCGGACAAAUCUCGGAAGCAGUAUGCGAAACCGGAAGUCCUUGGUGGAGGGGCACGUGGAGCAGCAAUCGCAUCUGGUGACACUUUGCUAUGGCAAAUGUUUGCCUCGGUUAUCAUUCCGGGCUUCACGAUCAAUCGCAUUUGCUGGCUCUCUAAGAAGGUUCUCUCGAAGAAUAAGGUAAAAGGUCCCCUCGGAAAAUGGGCUCCAACUGUAUUAGGUCUGCUAGCUAUUCCGUUCAUCAUUCAUCCCAUUGAUAACGGAGUGGACCUGGUGAUGGAUGAAACCUAUCGAAAAUAUGUGAAAUAAUAUCACCAAAACCAUGACGCUUAUUAUUGUUUGCCAAACAUUUGACGAUUAGUUAGGUUUUGUUGUUUGAUCGUCUUUAUAGAUUUCCUGCAAUUUUGCUUUCGUACAGCGGUACCUACGUAUUCUCGAACGCAAUGACACCGUGUCGUCGGUAUAGGGUAGUAAAUGAACUAAGAGACAGUAUCUUUAAAUUACAAUAAUCGCAGAAAUGGCUCGAAAUAGAACCAACGAUAGUUUUAGAAAAAUAUAUCGUUGAGUUGUAAGCUUCUAUGAUACGAAGUGACACGCAGUUGAAAAAUAGGAACAAUUUUUCAAGAAGACGGGUUAAACUUUGGUGCUCAAAUUACUCUGUACUAGAACAAUAAAAUCGUUAACUAAAU